AUGGACGAGCUCUUGGAGGACGAGCAGAGGUUGUGUGACUUUGCAUACAGUGAUUUGGAUCUCGACUCGCUUAGAAAGCAAAUGCGCUCGCUUGCCUACCGUCGCGAAGCCGAACAAGAUACCCACCGCAGCGAGGAAGCAGACGACAAGCAAGAGGGGAGGAGUGCACCUCAAGAAGGUACUGCGGCACCCCCAAAACCUGCACCUUCUGCUCCUAAGCAGUCCCCUCCUUCAAAAGGAAAAGCACCCGAGUCUCGCAAGACUAAAAAUGGACGCCAGGCCAAGUCUAUGACGCCUGCGCCGCCGCGCACAGUGCCGAAUGCCGACCUCUUUCACACACUAAACUAUAUCUACCAGCGUGCCCACCGCAUGGAAGUCAUGGCUGCUCUACGAGGAAAGCCGCACCUCGCCCGGUGGAAUGCUGCGGCAAUGCGCCAGUUUUUCGCUCUUGCAAAGCGUGCCGUGAUUCGCGUGGACCCCUCGAUCAAAAAAAGUGUGACUUACGUGUCGCACGACUGUGCACGACAUGCGCCGAGCCUAUACCAUCUCUACCCAAUCCCGUAA